GGGUUGUACUUUGCAAACUGUGCAUCGAAGUCGGUGAGUUAUUGUACGUAUAACAAUAGCCAAGAAGGGUGUAUGUUGUUCUGUGAAGUUGCACUUGGUAAGCAGUGGGAGACUUUACACGACAAGUACAUGGAAAAACCACAACCAGGCACUGAUUCGACGUAUGCACUUGGUAUGGUUGAGCCAGAUCCCAAAGAGACUGUUACUAUUGAUGAUGGACUCAAAGUAGCUAAGGGGAAGAUCAUCAACAUGAAACUCAAAGACUCGUGGAAUUCACACUCCGAGCUCAUCGUUUAUGAAGUGCCGAGAGUUAGAAUCAGAUAUAUGAUCAUCUUUAAACUUUAA